AUGAUGAAAACUGAUAUCGAAGGACAUGAUUCGAUUGUAUUAACAAAUUUGAUCUUUAGUGGAGUUUAUUGUUCGAUUGAUUUGAUUUAUGGUGAACAUUUUAAUCAAGAAUUUCAACAUGCUGUGUCAAUUUUGAAACAAUACACAAAUUCAUGUAAAACAGAACUUGUUCCAUUAGAUGAUGAAAGUCAUUUUAUGAUCAAAUUACCAUUUUUCUAA